GGUUCCCUCUUCUCAUCCAUUCUUACAAAGAUAAGAAACAUUUCAAUAACAAGAAAAAGCAAAAAUGGCGACGCUUUCAUUGCUAUCAACUAGUGCAGGAGCAGCCAUAACCAAGCGUAGUCCUUCAGCUUCCCUCACUUUUCUCACUGGUUCAAGAACACCCACAAAAGCUGUUUCCUUUAAUGGCGGUUCAACUCGUUCUGGGUCACUCCAUUGCUCCUUUUUGGCUCCUUCAUCUUCACUCUCUUCCUCCUUCUCAGGAUUGUCCUUGGGAUUGGACUUAGCAUCAAACACUGGAGUCGGUACUGAUAGAUGCCGCAGAUUCGUGGUGAGAGCUGGGAAGGCAGCUCUUUGUCAAACCAAGAGGAACAGAUCCAGGAAGUCAUUGGCUCGGACACAUGGUUUUCGACUGCGAAUGAGCACUACUAGUGGAAGAGCUAUUCUAAAGCGUAGACGUGCCAAGGGACGCAAAAUUCUCUGCACCAAGACAAACCCAAGCAGCGGGAAACGAGUCAGUACUUAAAUAUAAGAACUGAAGGAUGUAAAUUUUUGUGCCUGUAAACUUUUCUCAAAUUAUUUCUUGUAAACUUGUCCUUUGAAUAUGAAGCCUUUUGUUUUCCUUCCUUGUAAGUUCAUGCUUCCCUUAUUCUUAGAAUCGUGUUAAUUUUUAUAAAAAACAAAUUAAAAUUCAAUUAGCGCUUU